GCUUGCUUUUUUUCCUCUUUGGGUUUCUUCCAUGCCCCGCACACAGUAGGCACACACUGAUGAGCAGUGUAGUGAGUGGAUCAGUCAGCCUGUUCUCAGCAACACUUUGCAUUCAGGACAAGUGUCUGCUCCCAUGCCUCUCCUUGCUGCCCUCCUACGUGGUCAUCUGACUUCUCUCACCCAACAGCCUGAAUCAGGCUUCCCUGGCUCCUCACUGGCCUGCCGCCCCAGGACCGCCCGGGAGGAAACCAACUUGGGUACUCGGCAUCUUGCGGGGCUCCUCAGCUGCGUGUCAGGACAGUUCCCCUCAGGGGAGCUCCAGAUUUUACCAAAAAGAGAAAUAUUCCCUUUUCUCUUCAAAAUGAAAAUGGACUUGGAGAUCAGUGAACCAAUAGACUUUAGUUCUGGGGAUCAUCACCAUCUGGUUCGGAAAGCAGCAGAUAGUAACGUCCAGAUCAAGUCUGGUCAGUCCUACACAACUUCGCCUUCUGAGCCACAAAAAACUCACGGGAAUCCACAUUCAAAGAUGAAAGAGCGAGCGGAUAGCUAUGUGGUACAAAUUUCAGAUGAGACCACCCCAAAUGACAGCAAUAAUUUAGCCAAUCCAUUCUCAGAUUCAUCGUUGGUCCGCAAAGCUUUCAUUAUCAAAGUGUUCCUGAUCCUGUCAGCUCAGCUGGUGGCCACUGGGGCAAUUGUCAGCCUGUUUCUUUUCUGGAAGGGUUUAAAAUCUUGGGUGCUCAUGAAUGCCUGGUUCACCUAUGCAAUCUUGCCGGCAUUUUUUGUUGUACUGAUUGUACUUGCUUGCUGUGGGAAACUCCGCCGCCAGGUGCCUGCGAAUUACAUUCUCCUGGGAUUAUUUACGGUUCUUCAAGGUCUGCUGCUCGGAGCCGUAUCAGUUUUCUAUAACGCUGAGGAAGUGUUAUGGGCAACAGCUGCAACCGCUGUGGUGACGUUAGCCCUCACUCUGUUUGCUCUUCAAACAAAAUGGGAUUUCACCAUGCUCAAUGGAAUGCUGUUUGUUUUACUCUUCGUACUUAUUAUCUAUGGAAGUCUCUUACUCUUCAUACGAUCAUAUGAAGGGCUCUGCUGCUCCCCAGUGACUGAGAAGAGGCAGCCAGGCCCCUCCCCGGAGCUGAAGGUCCGUGAGGCCUGUCCUUGUGGCUGCCCAGUGUGGUGUGGCUGGGGCGCCAAGGACGCAAGUGGUUGCAUCUGUUGUAUGCUGGCCUUGGAACUAUAAUCUUCUCACUUCCCCUUGCUCCAGAGUCAGUGCCCCAACUACCUCUCCUGUGGCAGUGGUGAUGCCCGUCAGCAUCCAGAAAGAACCAGGGCCCAGGGGCUUCUUUCUUCUCUACACCCACCCAGCAGUCUUUGGCACCACCGUCACUCCAGUACUGAGCACCUUGUCAUCAUUGCCAGCUGCGAGGGCCACCUGUCCUGCAUGCACUUUUGCAUGGGAACAGUGCCACGAUUGCUUGCAGCCCAACCAAAUCAACUUCUAAAGUUUUUGGUCCACCCAAAGCUCUCAAUCAAAAAGCAAGGUUCUUACCACUGAUACUAUUUAUUUUAUGUUUGGGGACUCCUUGAUUCAGGAACUAUAUCUGCCUUUCGGAUAGUCACAGGAAUUGCUGAUCCCUUGUCAUGAAAAUAUUCCUUCCUCUGCCUGCCUGCAGAAGUCACCAACCAUCAAGGCACCAUUUGGGCAGUUUGUUUCAAUCUUAGCUUUUCUGGCUAAGCCUUUAAAUAUUAGCUGAACUUCUGUUCAGUAGUAAGUAGGACAGUGGGAACCCAUACUCUCCCCCAACCCCUCAUCUAUCAUUUGGAGGAGAGAGUUCACUACCAGAUAGAUUCCAGGGAGUCUCGUAUUCCCAAAUCUGACCCAUGGUUCCUCUUCCAGAAAAAUCAUUUCUCUGUCAGCAUUCCAUCCUCAUUGCCAAAGCUGUCAGGUCUGGGAUUUGAUUUUUACCCUAUCAGUAAGAACCAGUAAGUAAGCUGGCCUGUCACGGUAUCAUGGAUGCUGACAGAAGACACAAGACUCUUGGGUCAGAGGCCAAGGAUUUUAUUUAGCAUUCAUGACACAGCCUGCAGAAUGAACAUCGGCAUGUUUGUGGCAGUUCCCCUUGUCCCUAGUUCCACAGGGGCAAUGCAAUGGGCCCGGAUGGAUGCCAAGCAUGCAGCUGAGGAACACUGAGGGUGAGGAGUCCACUGCUUUUACAGCAUACCUGCUCCCUGUCCUCAAGGUUACUAAUUGCAUAAAUCCUGAGAAUACCAGGUAAAACUGUCUUCAGGCUUUGCAGUCUUGGACACCCAGCAAAGUGUGUGAGCGCAGAAGAGGGUGCAAGAGAACUGGACUGUCUUGUCGACAAUUAGCCUUUCCUAUAUUGUGUUCUGUUUGUCCUUUCAUGUAUGUAUCUCUCACUCUGUAAACUGAUGCCUUGUGCAGGCGAGGCCCUUGUGCAAUAGCUGGCUACAAAAUGAUAUACGGCCCAAUCUAGAAUAUCUUCAAACUAUAGUUUCAAAGACUGAGAAGGAUAAGUCCUUCAAAAUUCGCCCACCACUCACAUUUUGUCAGCCAUCUGUCAGUCCUAAGUGGAACAGAGAACUAAAGAAAACUUUUCUGGCCCACCUUUCUUUAAGAACUAAGUUCUUUAGGAACUGUUGUUCCUAAAAUAAGGAUGGCCACUCAAUAAUCUAGAAAGAGCCACUUCUAUUUUUCUAGAAAGAAUUAUACGAUUGUGGUGAGAGGAUGACGGCUGACAAGGCAGUAACAUACUGUUGCUAAGGAGAAGACCCAGUGAUUAUCCCGAUGGCCCAAUGCUGAGAUAAUACCACUCAGCCCCAGUGCAGAGCACAUGACAAUUUUUUUUCCUAUGGAGUUUUUAUUUCAGCCUUAAAAAAACUCCCCAAAUUUGUUACUUAGAUUCCAAGAUUUUACUCUUCAGAGACACACUAACUAUAACUUUUAAGAUUACAAGCAAACUUCGGUAAGUCUCAAGUUUUAAUUCAUGACAGGUAAACAACAUUUGAGGACUAAAAGAACAAAAAUGAGAUCAGUGGCUGCAGUAAACAUUUGAAGAAUAAUUCAGCAGAUGGACAUUAGUGGUUAAGCUUUAGAUCCACACAAUGAAAAGCAUAAAUACAAUGACAUGACUAAGUGGU